UAAUAGUGGCUUUAGGCAUUGUAUGUACUAGCUCUAUCUAUAAAUUCAUAAAUAUUUGUAUCACCCUGUAUGUAUAUACUUUACCUGAAUAAAGUUCAACACCGGGCGACAAAAAAUCAUCUCGGAACUAAGUCGACUCUCAGGAACGGCUGAGGGCCACAUGGCUAUAACAACAGUGCAAACCAGACAUGGCAUUCAACACAAUGUGUAGAAUAACUAUGUACACAUAUGGUAAUUGACAAAAACUAUGACAAAGAAAAAAAAGAGUUGAACCACUUACCUAUGACUGUUUAAUUCUACAUUUGAAAUUGCCAAGUCAGAUAUGAAAUCACCAGUAAGAAAAAACAUCCCCAAGGCAAAACUUAAAUCACCAUUUUUAUUUAAAACGCCCAAAGGAGUUUUAUCACAAAAGGGGAAAAAAAAGACAUUGAAUUCUCCAUUUGAAAUUACUGAGUCAGAGCUGAAAUCUCCAGUAACGGAAAACUUGACCAAGGCAAAACUUGAAUCGGCAUUCUCAGUCGAGUUGACAACAAAUGCAAAAAUGCCCGAAGCGGUGAACAGAAUAUUGGCAACAGCACAAAGGUUUAGUCCAGAACACAAUAAUGCGACAAAAGGAAAAUUAUCAGAGAGAGAAGCUAAUUCCUCUAUAGUUGAAACUCCACCGAAACAAGUCCUGAAGUUAGAAAGAGGAAAAGAUGUCCAUGAAGCAACUAAACUAGAAGCAGAAGAAACAUCAAAUAAAGUAACUGAAUUGCUAGAAGCAUCAAAUACAACAAAGACAAUAAUUAAAAAAAAAUCAAUGAUCAAGAAAAGUAAAUCAGUAAAUGCCAAACAGCGACUCAAACAUUUUAUAAACAAAAAUACUGGCAAGCUAAAAUGCACAAGUUUAGUUAAAGCUGAUCCAAGUAAGUUAACAUCACCGAAGAAUCCAGAAGUCUCAGAGGUGACUGAUAUCCCCUCCACUGCUGAGAAUGUUAAAGUUCACAGAUUGGUUGUAGAAGGUUUACCAAAAAAUACAUCCGAGAGGGACUUGAACAACUCUUUCAAUAAGGCCAAAAGUGUCCAUAUAACUAAAUCUACGCAAGGAAAUAAGUUACUCUGUAAUGGAUUCAUAGAGUUUGCUAAUUUAGAUGAUUUCAAUGAGGCUUUGGCUAUCAAAAAUCGUCGUAUCAAUGGAAAAUACGUGCAAGUCAUGAAAGAGGAAUGUCUUGUCAAGAAGAGGCCAUUUUACAAACGUUCACACAGUCCACAUGCAAAACGCAUUAAGGUGGAUGCAGUUUCAAAUGAUAUCUGUAAUGAUGAAGAUGACAGUGAUGAUGCUGAAAAUGAUACCAGUGUUGACGAGGAGGUUGAUGAUGUUGAAUCAUAAUAAAGAUGUCCCUGUUGCAUAUAAGUGAAAAACACACAUUUAUGUUAGUAUUCUGCAUCAGCAGAAUACUAACAUAUUAAGAAGAGGCUGAUUAAAUAAUAUGACACUGGAUAUAAAGAAUGUGAUUGACAUUUUUGUUUAAGUUUAUAUUGAUUUAAUACAAAAGUUUAGAUUCAUGUGAUAUGACUUUGCUUCAUUGUAAUUUCUAAUGCAUUUAUUAUACCUGUUGUAUGUAGUACAAUACUGUAUUUUGGAUUUAAAGAGGAGAGAAUGUGCCUUUAAAAGUGUCUUAACAUGUUCUGCUUGCAUUAAAACAUGUCAUCCAUAUUGUGUAAUAAAGAUAUUUGUGAAAUUAGAACCUUAAGGUCUUUGAUCUAUUUUUCCUAAUUAGCAUAUAUGUAUAAGUGCAUCUGGCAAGACUUUUAAUAAAUAAAAGUGAUUUUAAAAAUACAUACAGGAUGUCACAGGACACGUGACUCAAAAAUUAAAGGAAAACCACAUUCUUGAUAAAUAUCCUUUCAAAUCUAUUAAAAUGCUCAUUCUUGUAAAAUUAAAUUACAAACUUAUUUAAAGCAGCCUGGUUUAUUCUGCUCAUUUAUCAAUACAUUAUAACUUAUUUGUAGUACAUACAGAAUGUUAAAAAAUGGGAUUGAGUAUAGCUGAAAUGUACUUAUUUUUGAGCAGGUCACUUCGUGGUUUCCUUAGACUUGUCCCACUACCUCUUGGAACGUUAUGAAUUGCCAGUGUGACAUUCCAUCUUCCAAAGCAGUGAGGAGCUUUCCUAAAUGGCCCUGCCAGUCAUAUACUCAUAAUGGAGAAAAAGUGGCAACACUGGAAAAUUCCUAGUCUACCUCUAAAUGACAUUCAGAAGGCCCAUUUCUCUUCACUCAACGCCUAAGAAUACAGUACUUAAAAUUAAAGAAACUACUAAAUAUUGUUCUUCUAUUCUUAACUACUGUAAAGACUAGUUACCUGCCUGGCCUCCACUGUUACGCAUCACACCUACACUACAAUUGGUAGCACUUUGGUAUGAGAGGAGCAUGCUCAUUUCUUUCACUUUGAGUAGGGGCACAGUGUGAGACAGGAAAGAUACUAAAAAAAAAAAGACAGGGAAAGAAGUUUGUCACAAGAAGUUGCUGCUGAUACUACGGUGAGCAUAGAAGAAAAGGAAGAUGUGAUCAUUUGACUGCCUAUAAUACCAGUGCUAUAUCCUGGUGAUGCAUUGUAGUCGCAGCUGCAUGAGCAGCUAGUUAUUGGUUGUUAGAAUAGCAGAGGAAUACUUAGCAGUUUCUUUUAAGUACCAGUACUAUAUAGUUUGAAAUUGUGUAGAGAAAUGAACCUGACAUUCAUCUUAACUGAGAAUUCUUCAGGCUCUCUUCCUCCUGUUAUGGCCUAGUGGAGGAGUAUUUAGAAAAAGAUACCCACUUCGUCGAGAAAUGGAAAGUCACACUGACCCAAUUUACAAAACUUUGAAGUCUCAAUAUUCCAGGGGAAAGCAGGAUAUUACCAAAGGGAGUGACUGAGUGGCCUAUGCUCAAAAAGAGCAGUUUUAUUAUUACUAAUUAUACUACCUUUCUUGUACCUCUCUAGAAAGAACAAAUUAUGACAUGUAAUUCAGUACAGGUGAACAUUCAUAAUAUAACUUAUUUUCAUCUUGUUCAAUGUAUGAAACGGAAAAAGCACAUCUUUUAUCAUCAGUAUUAUCUGACAGUCUUGUUAAUUAUUUUUCAUCCAAACAUUUUGUAGUUCUCCAUGUUUACCUGAGAAGAAAAUGUAUGUAUUAAUAAUAUAGUUAAUGAAUAUUUCUUAGAAUUGUUAUAUUAAAUAUAUUCAUCUAUACCUAUAUGCAAGAGUAAUCACAAAAAACAUGUGAUUUGGUUGUAAGUAUCCACUAGGGGACAUGAAAAUUCCGAAUGUUUUUGUUUCAACACAUUAUCAAGAAAUACAGGUAUUCCUUGUAUAAUGUAUUGAAACAUAAAAACUCGGAAUUCCCAAUUGAGACUCAAGAAUGAACCCUCACUGUUCUACAGGGACCCAAAUACUGUAUACAACACACAUUACCCACUGUAUAUAGAUUGAGGUUUUAUAGUAUUAAAGGGAAUAUUUUAAAUAA